CUUAAGUAUAAUUUACAAGAAUAACCCAAAAUUUAGGUGAUAUUCCCAUAAUAAUCUUGCUAAUUAGAAAUUCUCCAAUUUUAAUUUGUAUCUCCUAAUUCUAGUAGGAAAGUAAGUUACCAAAUAAGUAAUGUUAAUAUAAUCAUUAAAUGGGCAAAAUUAACUAAUCCGUGCAUGCAUGGCAGACUUUAGCAAAACAAUAUGAACUUGCAAAGCCCAUAUCGCCUAAAAUAGAAUUCGCCUUGGGUCAUGUGACCUAUUAUUGAAAAGUUUUUCAAGUCUAGUUUUCAACACGGUAAGAAUCAUUCAAUAAUCUUUAGCACAUUAAAAGUGAUUAUUCUAGAAUAAUCUCAACUAUAGGCUUACCUUCCCAAAAUAAUCUCAAUCUCCCGUUAAUUAUCUACUUAGUUAUACUUCCCCCGUUUCACAAUAUUUGCAACACUUGUAUUUUUCACGCAUACCAAUGUAAAAUUUUGAGGACAUAUAUCUCUAAUUUUGUAUUUGUAAAAAUUAUAAAAAGUACAUAUUAAAAGAAUACAUAUUAAGACGAAUCAAACAAAAUCGCACAUAACUGUAUAUUCGUUUACGUAUAAAUCACAAACGAUGGUCAAAGUGAAAUUUGUGAAUAACGUAUAAAGUAAAAGUGUUGCAUAUAAUAUGAAACGGAUUAAGUAUGAUGUUUUUUUUUUCCAGUUUCUCCUUCUCUUUUUAUGUCCCUUCCAUCUGUCUAGUAGACUAAAGUUUGGCACAUUACUUCUUAACUUCUAAAAUUGGAUUUUAUUAGGUCACUUAAGAAGAAUAAUUAGGAUUAUUAUGAAAUAAUCUACACUUUAGAAUUUAGAUUAAUGAAAGUAUUGAGUCAGACCGUCUGACAUAUUGUUUACUGUCAGACGGGCUGAGCCCAAUACAUCUUCUCUCUGCUUCACUUUUUAGGUCACAUUCUCUCUCCUCUUUCUUCUUCUUCUCUGGACUGCAAAAUCACAUUCCUCCUUUGUUUCUCCUUUAUUUGUUGCUCAAAAUUGAAGCCUGAAGGAAUCGAAAAAGAAGAAAGGAAAAAAUCAAAAAAAAAAAAAAAAAAAGAUGCCGCUGAUAUUCACCAGUCAUUAUCUCUCUGGCAAAGGGUAUAGAGGCUGAAUUGGAGCCUGUGCUGCGGAUUGUCACUCCUACUCAGAUCAUUCACCGAGCUUCUGGAGUUCCCAUGGAAAACAUUUUAUAUUUUGGAGGACCAAAUAUUGCCUCAGAGAUUUACAACAAAGAGUAUGCUAAUGCCAGAAUUUGUGGAGCUGAGAAAUGGAGGAAGCCUUUGGCCAAGUUUCUCAGACAGCCACAUUUCAUAGUCUGGGAUAAUAGUGACCUUGUCACACAUGAAGAAGAAGGAGAAAGUGAGAGAAAGUGAGAGAAAGUAGAGAUGAGCACUGGGAUCGUCGAUAUUUUGUGCGAGGAGACAGUUCAAGUUUUGUGAAAACACACUCAAGAGAAUCUUUAAAAUUAAGCACUUCGCUGCGAACAGUAGUAGGAUUAGUUAAGAACAUGCCUGAAUUACAACUUUGUUGUUAUGAAUCAAGUGAAGCAAAUCCACGCAUUCUCCCUUAGAAAUGGCUUAGAUUACACCCAAAUCCUCAUCACAAACCUCCUUAAAAUCCCCAACAUUCCUUAUGCACGCCAACUGUUCGACCUUAUUCCUCAACCAACAUCUGCACUUUAUAACAAGCUUAUUCAAGCAUACUCUUGCCAUGGAUUUCAUCAUGACUGUUUCUUUCUAUAUUCCCAAAUGUAUAAACGACGCUGCUUCCCUGAUCCUCUCACUUUCACUUUCCUUUUCGCCGCGUGCGCUUCUUUCUCCUCUCCUCACAUUGGCAGGAUGAUACAUGCACAUUUCAUCUUAUCAGGGUUCAAAUUUGAUGUAUAUGCGUUAACUGCAUUGGUUGAUAUGUAUGCUAAGGCGGGUUUAGUAGAAUCAGCUCGUAAACAGUUUGAUCAAAUGCUGUUUAAAGAUACACCCACUUGGAAUUCUAUGAUUUCUGGGUAUACAAGAAGUGGGAAUAUGGAGGAAGCAAAUAAAUUGUUUCAGUUGAUGCCAUCAAAAAAUGUGAUUUCUUGGACUACUAUGAUUUCUGGGUAUUCUCAAAAUGGGCAGUAUGUAAAUGCCCUGAACACUUUUUUGUGCAUUGAGAAAGAAGAAGGAUUGGAGCCUAAUGAGGUGAGUGUAGCUAGUGUUCUUCCAGCUUGUGCUAAUCUUGGUGCAUUGGAGGUGGGAAAAAGGAUUGAAAAGUAUGCGAGGCGAAAUGGGUACAUGAAUAAUCUGUUUGUGAGCAAUGCCUUGUUGGAAAUGUAUUCAAAAUGUGGUAAACUUCAUAGAGCAAUGGAGUUGUUUAACGAGAUUCGUGACAGGAAGAAUUUGUGUUCUUGGAAUUCAAUGAUGAUGGGAUUUGCUACACAUGGAAGACAUGAAGAAGCACUUCAUUUGUUCCGUUUAAUGUUGAGAGAAGAGAUGGUGCCUGAUGCUAUAACAUUUGUGGCGGCUCUUCUGGCCUGUACUCAUGGUGGAAAGGUUGCAGAAGGCCGAGAAUUAUUCAAAUUAAUGAAGGAAAAGUUUGGUAUCAUCCCCAAGCUAGAACAUUAUGGAUGUAUGGUUGAUCUUCUUGGGCGUAAAGGGAAGCUCAAUGAAGCUUAUAAUAUUAUACAAACUAUGCCAAUGAAGCCUGACCCUGUGAUAUGGGGUACCCUUUUGGGGGCCUGCAGUUUCCAUAGUAAUAUCAAGGUGGCAGAGAAGGCAGCCGAGGCCCUUUUUGAGCUCGAUCCCUGGAAUUCAGGGAAUUAUGUCAUUCUUUCUAAUAUUUAUGCUUCAGUGAAAAGAUGGGAUGGCGUGGCGAAGCUGAGAAAGAUGAUGAAGGGAAGCCAUAUAACAAAAGCAGCUGGUUACAGUUGUAUCGAAGAGGCGGAUGAAAUUCAUGUGUUCAUUGUUGAGGAUAAUUCACAUCCAAGAGCGAAUGAGAUAUACGCAGUGCUGGAAGAUAUAUAUUGCAAGAUCAUGAAAAAUAACAGUGUAGAUUCAAGUGAUUUGGAUGUUCAAAUUGACAGCUAUUGCAUGAAUCUAUAAAGCCAAUACAAAGAUACUUACUUUUGUAACUUAUCUUUUUUGCUCUUAACAAUUUGUUUUGCUUUAAUCUCAAUGGGGUACUUCCAAGUUCCAA